AUGGGGUACCAAAAGGACACCAGCCCCAAAAUUGUCACUGGAUUGUGGACAAUCAACUCUGUUGGGUGCCUGGGGAACCAGAUGGGAGAGUAUGCCACCCUCUAUGCACUGGCCAAGAUGAAUGGGUGUCAGGCCUGCAUCCUCCCAGAGAUGCACCAGCACCUGGCACCCCUGUUUCGUAUCACCCUGCCUGUGGCCCCCAGAGCUGUGUUCAAGAAAGUCCCCUGGAGGAAUUAUCAGCUCCAUGACUGGAUGUCGGAGGAGUACAGGCAUAUCCCAGGCAAGUAUGUGUGGCUAAUGGGCUACCCCUGUUCAUGGACUUUCUACCACCACCUCCAGGAUGAGAUCUUGCAGGAGUUCUCUUUCCAUGACCACAUCCAGGAUGAGGCCAACCAGUAUCUGGCUGGGCUGCGUGUCCAGUGCCAGAGUGUAACUUAUGUGGGCGUCCACGUGCUCAGGGGGGACUACAUCCAUAGGAUGCACACAACCUGGAAGGGGGUGGUGGCUGACAGGGCCUACCUGGAGAAGGCCAUGGGCUACUUCUGGGCCAAGUAUGAGAAGCUGGUCUUUGUAGUGACCAGCAAUGGGAUGGACUGGUGCCGGAAGAACCAGGGGUGCCAGGUGCUGGUGCAUCUCUGGGAGGAUGCAGGUCCAGACAAAUCCCAGAGACUCCAAGUGUUUUUAUUGGCAGGCAGCUGUGAAUAA